CUGGUCUUCUUUUCGUAGGACACCGCAAGCCAGCCAGCAAACUGAAAUUUGCGCUUGCUUUGCUGCUGGAUCGUCCAAAUCCUCGACAUUUUUGUGAUCUGAAAAGGAUUUUCGCGAGUCAAAUUGGUGUUUUGCAUUUGAAGAUCAGUAUAAAUUUGUGCAAGUUUCUGUACUUUGACUAGAUCUGUGUGUUUGUGAUCGUAAUUCUAUGUGAUCAGUGAAUAUUUCCGGUUUUUCUUUCUCCCGGUGAGAUUCCUCCUCCAUUGCCAUCAUUAUCCUGGCAGUGGCCUGAAAAAAUCGGUACGAAAAAAUUGAGUCAAAGUACAUUGAUAAAUAGAUUCCUUGAAAAAGGCGAGGAACAGCCAUAGAAGUUCCAUUGUUUCUAAAAAAUGAGAAAAACGCGGCAAGCCGCAGAAUUUACGGAACUGAAGGACUUGGUACAUCAGCUUCGUGUAUCUGAUCUGCAGCAACUACUUGGGGAAAAUAACAUCAGCAGAAGUGGCCGGAAAAGCGAACUGAUCGAACGUGUAUUAAUCCUUGUUCGUCAAAAUAUCUCAGUCCUCAAGUACAAAGUCCGUGACCUUCACAAAAAAGCUCAAGAGGAGACAGAACUGCUGAAGCAAGCAGCAGAGACUCCGGUAAUAACUACUCAACCCAUACAACCUCCACCACCUGUUCUUCCUCCAGAGCCUCCGGUGAUCUCACGGGUACCGCAGGGAAUGUAUCAACAACAGUAUGCAAAUGCAGUGCAGAAUGAUAACCGUGGCGGGCAGGUUCACGCAAACGGAAUCGUUCCUAUUCCAUACCCGGAAGCAACACCGAAUCCGGGCUAUCCAAUACACCCGGACGUGAAGCUAAAGAAGCUAGCAUUUUUUGACGUGCUUGCAACGUUGCUGAAACCGGCAACUCUUGUGCCCAGCAACACCACGCAGCGCAUCCAGGAGGGCUCAUUCUUCUUCCACUUGACUCCUCAGCAAGCAACUGAUAUUGCGACUAACAGGGAUAUCCGAAAUGUGAACAAAAUCGAACAUACCAUUCAGGUUCAGUUGCGGUUUUGUCUGCUGGAGACCUCUUGUGAACAGGAGGAUUACUUCCCACCGAAUAUUGUUGUCAAGGUGAACAACAAGUUGUGCCCGUUGCCGAAUCCCAUACCUACCAACAAACCCGGGGUUGAACCAAAGCGUCCUCCUCGGCCAGUAAAUAUAACUCCAAAUGUGAAGCUCUCUCCAUUGGUUGCGAAUCACAUUGCGGUGUCCUGGUGCACGGAAUAUAACAGAGGCUAUGCUGCGGCCUGUUAUCUGGUUCGUAAACUAAGUUCCUCUCAGCUGCUGCAACGCAUGAAAACUAAAGGAGUCAAACCGGCCGAUUACACACGGGCACUGAUCAAAGAAAAAUUGAAUGAAGAUGCGGAUUGUGAGAUUGCAACUACAAUGUUGAAAGUCUCCUUGGUUUGCCCUCUAGGAAAGAUGCGAAUGGCGACCCCAUGCAGAUCAUCGACAUGCUCGCAUUUGCAGUGCUUUGAUGCUUCACUGUAUCUGCAGAUGAACGAGCGUAAACCAACUUGGAACUGUCCCGUCUGCGAUAAGGCGGCUAUCUACGACAAUCUUGUUAUCGAUGGCUAUUUCCAAGAAGUACUUGCAUCUAACAAAUUGUCUAGUGAAGAUAAUGAAAUUCAGCUUCACAAGGAUGGAUCGUGGAGUACUCACGUUAAAACCAACGAUUCGUGUACUUUGGAUACACCCAGCAAGCCAGUUCAAAAAGUCGAAGUUGUUUCGGAUGAUAUUGAAAUAAUUACAACGGAUCCCCCAAAAUCCAGCAUCAACCAAGCCAGCGUAAUUUCCAGUAGUGAACCUUCUUCGACUACAGCUCCUUCAAAUGAUACGGUGGAUUUGACGCUCAGCGAUUCCGAUGAUGAUCUCCCUUUGAAGCGCAAAACAGUAACCCGUGCUGCUGCUGGCGGCCAGAGUGGCACUAAUGUAACUACCUCGAGUGCAACCACUGCCGCAAGUACGACGAGUUCUGCAAUGACUGCUGCUACAGCUACUGCUUCGGCGGUAUCUAAACCAAAAAUGAAUGAAGAUGCAUCGCAAUCUGUAAUAUCUCUAGAUUCUCCAUCCCCACCAUCGACACCAAACCCACCAGCAUACAAUAGCGGGGUUUCAGCUAUGUCAAAUAAUGUUUCAUCUACAACUGCUAGUACGCCAACCAUUCCAUACCAGUUGCCGAUAAGUCCACUAGAACAAGCUAGCAAUUUACCACUCAAUCCACUUGCACUAAACAGAUAUGAACCAGCACCGGAAGAUGUGCAGUCUUACAUUUACAAUCGGCUAAUUAACGACGCGCAAGAAUUGUCCUACCUAACGAGUCAAUGGAGUGUGCAAGGUUAUAUGCACGGCGCAACGAACGGUGAGGAUAUGCACAAUUUGCAGCGUUGAAAUAGCUCAUGCGAGUGGACAAACUUUUGCUGAAUCGACAGUUCUACAAAUUUUUAUGAAUAAGCAUAUGCUAGGAAAAGAUCAUAACAAUAGUUUUACACAGUAUAUCAGGCGCAUAAGCAUAAGGUGAAACAAUAGAUUGUUCCAAUCGAUGAAAUGGAAAGCAAAAAUGUUCAUUUUGUACAUGACACUGUCAUGUACACAUUAAAUUAUUAAACUCGGGAUUUGGAGUGUUUACACCGAUGAAAAUAUUUAAACGAGUUUUCUGAAUGAUUAUAUACAAAUCAACUGUAAUAAAGACAAAAAAAAUGGAAAACGCA